AUGGGUCCGGAGCCCGCCCUGCUCGCCCUGGCCGCCGGACUCCUCCAGGGGCUCCUGGGGCUUCCAGGUCUCGCAGACGAGGACUUCCUGAUGAAACCGGAAUUGAGCUUCUCGGGGGAGCAGGUGGUGAUUGAAGCUGGGACCACAUUUGAUGUGACGUGCAGGGGAUCGGCCCCCCUGGCCUGGCUCUGGGGGGGCAACUCCUCUCUGAGACGGGUCCGCCGGCAGGAGCGGCCCUGCCCCGACGACCCCCGGGUCACGUGCAGCCAACUCACUGUCUUCCGGAUGGCGGCCAACGACACAGGCUACUUCACCUGCGCCUACCAGAACGAUGCAGACGCCAACGACCCCGACCUCAGGGCCACGGUCUACGUGUUCGUCCAAGACCCCAGCCAGCCGUUCGUGCAGCCCCACUCUGAUGUCCCUCUGGUGAUCAACAUUCUCCCCAGCACCCAGGAGGUCGUGGUGCCGUGUCGCGUCUCCUCUCCCGACCUCCAAGUGGACCUGGAUCUGUUUCUCCCUAGUCCUUCUUACAAGUUCACUUCCUUCAGCAAGGACUGGGACCCCAAGAAGGGCUUCACGGUUACUCGACCCUCCUACCAAUUCUUCAGCAAUAUGCUCCAGUGCAUCACCAAAGCGGGAGGGAAGACUUUCCGGACACUCUAUCUCCCGCAGAAAGUGGAAACCGAGAAGAAGAAUCUCGUCAUCAGUGCCAAUCACCAGAAGAUGCUGGUCGGGGCCCUGCUCAGGCUGCGAUGUGCCGCUGAGACCACCUACAACGGGAGGAUUGACUUCAAAUGGGAAUACAAGAAGAAAAGGGCUGAGUGCUGUGAGGUGAAAAAGAACAUGAAAACGGAUGACCCGGUGUAUAAAAGCUCCAGCACCCUGACUAUCCGGAAUGUCACCAUGGAAGACAAUGGCCUGUAUACGUGCAGGGAAAAUAAUGCAUCGGGACUAGAGGCCAACAUCACCAUCACGGUGUACGAACGUGCUUUCAUCAAAGUGCUCCCCACGAACAACAGCACCAUGGAGGGCACAGCCGGGCAGAAGAUGCUGAAAUUGGUGGUGAGGGUAACUGCCUUUCCCCACCCUUCCGUGGCAUGGUUCAAGGACGGCAGGCCAGUCGAGGAGAACAUCACCUGCUAUCAAUCCGACCCCGUGCGGUACAAACUGACCAUCCGGGAUGUCAAGCUGAAGUACGCGGGCCUCUACACCGUCGUCCUGAGCAACCCCCAGUACGGCCUCUCUGAAAACCACUCCAUCCAGCUCGUCAUCAACGAGCGACCCAAGAUCUACGAGAAGGAGACGGACUUGAACGAGAUGGAGCCGGUGCUUCUGGGGAGCGAGCAUACCCUGCGGUGUACGGCGAGUGGCGUGCCGGCCCCGUCCAUCUCCUGGAGCUGGGAGCCUUGCCUCCCCGACGACCCCCUGUGCAGGCGGCGGAGCAAGAGGGUCAGCAUUUCUGGUCACAGCUUGACCACAGGCCCGUACUUGGCCAAUACAAUCAAGUCCGUCGUAGAGACAACCCUAUUUCACGAAGAGAGAAAUAAGACCCUGAGUACUCUGAUCAUUGCCUCCAGCAACGUAUCGGGUGUGUACUUCUGCGUGGCCUCCAACAAGGUCGGCGGCGAUGAGAGAGGCAUGAAGUUCUUCGUCUCAGACGUGCCCGAGCAGCUGGAGACCGAGCCGCAGGUCUCGGCCAUCGCCGGGCACGACGCCGUUCUCCGCUGCCGGGCGGCCAGGUUCAUCUUCGACCACCUGGUGUGGCUGGACCCCUCCGGCGCGGUCUUCCCCGCGACCUCCACCCGGAACCAGAGCGACAGCUACUCCAUCUCCCUGGCGCUGGUGAUCCACAAUGCAUCCCUAGAGCAUGAGGGGAAGUACAGCUGCAGGGCCAGGCAUCGGCACAAUGCCACCUUGGAGCAGGAGCAGAGCACCCAGCUCCAAAUCAAAGAGAGGGUGGCCCCCUACGUCCUGGAGACCCUCGCCAGCCUGACGGUGAACAGCAGCGGCAAGAUCGUGCUGGAAUGCAAGGUCGGGGGAACGCCGGCUCCCGGAAUCACGUGGACCAAGAACGGCUAUCCGGUGCUGCCGGCCUCGGGGAUUUUCCUGGAGAACCACACCCUGGUGAUCGAACGUGCCAAGAAGGAUGAUGAGGGCACCUACGAGUGCCAGGCGACCAACGAGGUGGGGCGAGCCAGCACGUCGGCCGUCAUCACCGUGGAGGGCUCGGAGGAGCGAUCCAACAUUGAAGUCAUCAUCCUGGUCUGCACCGGCUUAGCGGCUACCCUGUUCUGGCUCCUCCUGACUCUGUUCAUCCGGAAGCUUCGAAAGCCCAGCGUCUCAGACAUCAAGACAGGGUACCUGUCCAUCAUCAUGGACCCAGAGGAGGUGCCCCUGGAUGAGCAGUGUGAGCGGCUUCCUUACGACAGCAGCCGCUGGGAGUUCCCCCGGGACCGGCUCCGACUGGGAAAAACUCUGGGACACGGUGCUUUCGGGAAAGUGGUGGAGGCUUCUGCUUUUGGCAUUGACAAGUCUUCAACUUGCAAAACGGUGGCGGUGAAAAUGCUUAAAGAGUGCGCCACCGCCAACGAGUGCAAGGCCUUGAUGUCCGAGCUGAAGAUCCUCAUCCACAUUGGACACCACCUCAACGUGGUCAACCUGCUGGGGGCUUGCACCAAGUCCGGAGGUCCUCUGAUGGUCAUAGUGGAAUUCUGCAAGUACGGGAACCUGUCCAACUACCUUCGAGGCAAAAGAGGGGACUUCAUCGCGUUCAAGUCCCAGGAGGGCUCAGAGCCAGGGGAGAAGAGCCUGGAGGACUCGAGCAGUGACCUGACGGAGCUCAUCAAACGGAGGUUGGAGAGCGUGGCCAGCACCGGAAGCUCGGCCAGCUCUGGCUUCAUUGAAGAUAAGAGCUACAGCGACUCAGAGGAGGAGGAGGAAGACUCUGAGGACCUCUACAAGCGACUUCUCACCCUGGAGGAUCUCAUAUGCUACAGCUUUCAGGUAGCCAAGGGCAUGGAGUUCCUGGCCUCCAGAAAGUGCAUCCACCGGGAUCUGGCCGCCCGCAACAUCCUCCUUUCGGAAAACAACGUGGUGAAGAUCUGCGACUUUGGCCUGGCCAGGGACAUCUACAAAGACCCCGACUAUGUGCGGAAAGGAGACGCCAGGCUGCCUCUCAAGUGGAUGGCCCCAGAAGCAAUCUUCGAUAAGAUCUACACCACGCAGAGUGAUGUCUGGUCCUUCGGAGUCCUGCUGUGGGAGAUCUUCUCUCUGGGGGCUUCACCUUACCCGGGGGUGCAGAUAGAUGAGGACUUUUGCCGUCGGCUGAAGGAAGGAACACGGAUGCGAUCCCCUGAGUAUUCCACUCCUGAAAUCUACCAAACCAUGCUGGACUGCUGGCGCGGCCCUUGCACCGAGAGGCCCAACUUCACCGAGCUGGUCGAGCGCCUCGGGGACCUGCUGCAGGCCAGUGUCCAACAGGAAGGAAAAGAGUACAUCCCCCUGAACAUCACGGACGGAGGUCUCAACCCCAAGUCACACCCGCUGGAAGAGACCAACCGCGGGAACCGCUGGAGCGCACUGGAAACUGGCUCCAAAAAGCGGCCCCUGAGCGUGAAGACGUUUGACGAGGUGCCAGUGGAGCAGGAGAAGUCCGAAGAGAGCGGAUCUGACAGUGGGAUGGUACUCACCUCCGACGAGAUCAAGAGUCUGAAGCGGCUGGAGAUUCGGUCCUGGCCCCAUGGAAUCAUGGCCCUGGCGCUGAGGGCCGUCAGCAAGAGCAAAGAGUCGGUGCUGUCGGAGAGCAGCCGCGAGGGGCUGAAGUUCCAGCCGACAGCGGCCCUGCUGGAGGCCGGCGGCCCCCUCGACUUCGCCCUGGAGGACUCCGCACUCCUCUCGCUGGACCCGGCCCUGGAAUGCCACAGCCCGCCCCCUGACUACAACUCGGUGGUCCAUUACUCUGCCCCGCCAGUGUAGCCGCCUCCCCUCGCCCUUCCGCCCGGGGACCUGGUCCAGGCCUCUCUGCCCCGGCUGCCUCCUGUGGACAGAGUAUGUGGGGAUGAGGUGGGGAAGAAGCGGAUGAGAAGAAGGAAGAGGAAACAGAGGAAGAAGAGGAGAAAGGGAGUUGCCUCUGCCCCACCCUCUCAGGAUCCUGCUGACCACCCCCAAACUGAGACUAACUGCUGCCUCACCUGACAAACCCCCACCCCAGCCCCUCAAUGAAGCCCUCUCCUGCCCCUGAUACAUGCAAGAAAAGUGGAAGAGAUUAGCCAGGGCCAGCCAGCCUCCCGCCCCCGACGUCAGACCCAACACCUUCCCACAGUGAGCCCGGUCAUUGGGUCAGUGGAGGGACCACCAGGGGACCGGUCCGCAAAGUUAGCUGGGCAAGAAUCCCACCACCAUUCCCAACCACAACUCCGGACCCACGGAGCCACUGAGCCAGAGUCCCGGCUCUCCCGCCCGAGCAGGCCGGCUGGGCCAUUGUGCCUAGCUGGCAGUCGGGCAGUCGACCACAUUCAGUUUGCCGGCCCUGACCCAGCGGCUUUCAUCCCGUGCUUCCGAGGAACACGAGUUGCAUGAGCUGCAAAGGGAGCUCGGCCCGUGCGUCCCCUGGGGGGGAUUGUGCAGCAGUCAACCGGGAAUCUCCCGCAGGCCUCCGCCCGGAUGGAUAGAUGAGGAAAGCUAUGCAGAGCACACUCCUCUGGACACCCGGGCAGCUGAUCCCCCAGCUGGGGUGUGGGACUGUGUUUCCCUCGAUCUGCGAGGAGCCGCCCCCUCCCUCCAUCAUUCGGGGUCUUUAGCAGAAGGGUGGUCCCUGAAGCCCUCGCCUGCCACUGCAGGUAAUUGGGAAGUCCCUAAGGGUGAUGGGGGUGGGCAUGUGUUGUGUGUUGUCACGCAUGUGCCCCGGGGGUCUGAGAUUCCAUGUCCCCUGCUGGAAAUGUAUACACCGGCCAGCCGGCCCGACUGCUCUCGGCUGUCGGCAAGUGAUCCCUGACGAGAUCUGCGAGCCCAUGCUAUGUGCCCAGCACCAAACUGAGAUAGCCCAGCCUCUUCUGAGCUGGGAGAGAGCCGGGAGGAUGGGGGGACGCCGCUUGGGCCCGCGGGCCCACUUCCCUGCCGCUGUUGCUCCUGCAUUUGGCGGUCCCAGCUCCAUUUAGCUCCUUUUCCUCCCCACUGUCAUCACACACACCUCCCACCUCCCCACUCUAGUCCUCAGGGGAAUAGAUGCCACCCUCCCCUGUCUCACCCUCACCGAUGGUGGGAUGUCUUCCUCAGAUUCUGGGGCCAUCGCUGGCCGAACUACCAGACUCCACCAGCCCGGUAACCUAGUCUGGCCACGCAAACAGUCCCGUUCUGGCCACGGGAACACGGGGUGGUGCCCAUGGGAGGGGGGCCCACCUCCUCGGCCCCUUCCUGGGAGAUUGAGAGAUCUGUUCCGGAUGGGCUCAGUUUCACCGCAAAUAGGACCGAAGUGGGAAAGCUACUCCUUGUCACUCUGAAACGUGUACCAGGGCAGAUGGCUUAGGCGAGAUGGCCGGGGGUGGCCGCCCCCUCUGCAGGCGACGGGCUAGUUUGGGGCCGGCCUUGAAGAGGCCGUGGCAGAAUGGAGGCCCACCUCAGCCCCCAUCUUGGACAUAAACCAAGCAAAAUCAUCCCGUGUGGGCAGAAGCCACUGACCUACAACUUCCCAACCAACCAAUAGGCUUCCCUCACCUUUGCCCCGUCAGGGGUCAGGCCCUGCGGGGGCAGCCCGUGGAGUCAAGCCAUGGGGGCCAAAGCGGCAGAUUGGCCGGCCCAGAAAGUGUCGCCCAAAAAUCCCCUCUGCAGCUUUAUUAGAGAGAAGGGGGUAGAAAGUAGGAAGUUUGAGAUUUCAAAGGAAACCCCCCGCAUCCCGCCACCCUCCCCUCACUGCCAUAGCUGCGAAGUCCCUGGGAACAGAAUCUCUUUGGCAAGUGCUGGGUUCAUUCAUUCCCGCAUGUUUGCCUCACAUGCUGACUCUAUGGAGCCUCUUCAAACGGCCGCCUUGGGAUAGAUUUCCCUGGGAUUGCUGGGUCCCCGGGGCACCCAGCCAUCCCGGUGGGCCGGCAGAGUCUCGGGAAAGCGGGCUGACCAACAAAGUUCAGCACGCUCGGCUCGAGCCGGCUGGUAAAAUCUGACCUCACCGCCAGGCCGAAGAGCCGGAAUUAAGUCUCAGCUCCGUUCUCUGCCCCGCUGUUCCCCAGCCUCCUAACGGGCCCUCCAUCCCCUCAAGACCCGGCCCCUUUCUAAGGGCCCUCCCCAGGAUAGCUUUCGGGGGGCCGAGCCAGCCUCCCCUUUCUAGAAAGCUAUUCCUUUUGGAAAUGACAGGACCCCACUCUCCUCACCCCCGUAUCAUCCCCUCCUUGCCUGGCCAGGUAGAGGCAGGGGGUUCUGUCCAGCUCUCCGCAAGAGAAGAGACCUGGGCACGCUGAGAAUUCCCGAUUUUCCAUUUCAUCAGAAGUUUCUUUCUCUUUCGGGGUCAGAGAAAGUGGAAAGGCGGGCUAAGUAUUAACGAGUAUGUGUUGUCCGUAUUUUACUAAUAUUUCCGUUUGUCUUUUGCCCUAAUUUAAGUAUCGUUACGACGAUGUAUAUAGUUUACUCAAUAAGAGCCAAUAUAGCAAUUCAUAUAUAGGGUAGAGUGCAGUGCUCCCCACGCGAUCCUUUAAACAAAGAUACCGUGGCUGUUACGAGGUCGCCGGACCUUAGCUGCGUCAGAUGCUUGCUGGGCAAGGGUCAGUUUACGGGCCCCUGGAGUGCCCAUUCCAAGCCAGGGACGGGGGAUGGAUGGAAGGGAGGGCCCCUGUGAGCUGUCGGGGAGUAAGGGUAGGGGGAGAGAUUGGGCCAGGGCCAGCUCUACAAAAUAGAGGUGUGAGAGAGAUGGAGGGAGGGAGUAAUGCGAAGUGACCUCAAAGCUCAGACUUCUCAGGGAUAUUCAUGUCUGACUCCAGGGGGAACAGCUGGUCCCUAUCUUUCUCAGUGGGUUGAGUUGGGAGAAAUCAGGGAUGUGGAGACUUCUCCCCACCCUGUAUGUCCUGGUGUUUUUCUUUCCCUCUCCUGGCGGAGCUCCCGGAGGCGAAGGCCAAUCGGCCGUGGCCAGACCUCUGGGCCCGCCCGGCCUAAACAUCCAAGAGCCCUGCCAUUCCCUGUGUGAUCUUGAGCCCCUGAAAGAGCCUGAGCCCACCUGAAGGGUGAGACUGCCAGCCAGGGGGGGCUCAGCAGAACUGUCACCCUCACCUCUGGGCAUAGGGGUGCAGAUCCCAACUGGAGGGCUGCCCGGGGCCUGCUCGGCUUCCCUCCUGCCCAUCCCUGGGGGCUCUCACCCCCUCCGCCAGCUUACGGCAGGGUUUGUUAGUGCCCAAAGCAGUGGGCGGAAGAGACACGGGCCGGUUUGCGAGCCCAGUGCCACCCCCGCCCGACACCCACAGUUCCUCUCGGGGUCUGGCCUAAGGGGCCAAGGCUGCCCCUUGGCAGGCCGACAAGAGGGACACUGCAGAGAGCCGGAGAAUCUCCCACCCUCUGCCUUCCAGGGGCUGUGGUCACCAGGGGCCCCUCCAGGCUCCGCCAGCCCCAGUUCAGGAGGGGAACCGAGGUCUCCCCACAGGGCGAGCAGGGCCAUGUCCCUGGAGGGCUACUGUCCCCACUGACCAGAGAGACAGCAGGAGGAAAGAUGGGGUUUCAGGCUCCCCAGCCUCAGUGAGGAGCAAAGCGUGCCACUACAGUCCCCCUGCCACUGCCCGGACUGGCCCCCGGCCAUGCCUUCUCCCGGUCUCCAAAAAAACUGGAGCGCAGCCCAGCUUGGCUGGGAAAAUCCAUGAAGGGGACUUUCUGACCCUUUAGUCCCAAGUCCCCCUUUAUCGGGGAUGGACCCCCAGGAGGGAAGGAUCCAGCCCCCUUUGCCUGAAGGAAGGCAAACCCCGUCGUGGUUGGGGGAGGCAAGGCUUUAUCCCUGGGUUAACUGGAACUGCAGGGGAGACUGUGAGCCCACUGUUGGGUAGGGACUGUCUCUAUAUGUUGCCAAUUUGUACUUCCCAAGCGCUUAGUACAGUGCUCUGCACAUAGUAAGUGCUCAAUAAAUACGAUUGAUGAUGAUAUCCUGGAGAAAGCUAAGACAGCCCAAGGGCCAAGUUACCAGGGAAUGCCAAAGAGCCGGGGGAGGGCAGAGCAGGUUUGGAAAGGGGCAAGUUGGGUUUCCACUGCCAAGGGGAGGAAGCCCUUCCCAAACUCCAAAAGUGAGACCCCCAAGAAGCCCAUGGCUGUUCCAGUAUACCUUAAGGGAAUGGGGCAAGGAGAUAGCAGGUGGGCAAGGCGGGGGGCCAAACCCCCCUGCACCUAGCCCCUCUGGCCCAGUGCUGACCUUAGCCCGUCAGACCCAUUCAUGAAUGAAAGCCAGGAAGCCCAUUCCCACUUAGUUUAAAGGAAAAUCAGGCAGAGGCCGGGAUUAGGGUGUUCAGCCUGGACACGUGUGCCUGUACGUGUGUGAGGGUAAGCGCGUGUACUCGCCCGUCUGCCUGAGAAACGUGUGCACUGAAAGAAAUGAGAACCUCUCGCUUUUAUUAUCUAGUCGAAACUGUAUUGUAGCUAUUAACCAGAAAUAAAGGAUUCUAUAUUUAUACAGGC